AUGUUAACUACACCAGCAGCAUGCUAUUCCACAACCCGCAAACAUAACGAAAAUCUUCCUGUGAAACCGGUGCAACGGGAUACAUUGGCGGCGACGCCCUGGCAACGCUAUUCGCACGACACCCGGAGUUCUCAAUACUCGGUUCUCGUGCGCAGCACUGAAAAGGCCGAGCAAGUCAAGGCGCAGUACCCAAACAUUCGAAUUGUCCUGGGAGACCUUGACGACUCCCCUCUGCUCCAGCAGGAGAGCGCGGCCGCCGACAUCGUCCUGCACGCGGCUGAUGCCUCUGACCGCGUUGGUGCUGCAAAGGCCAUCAUCGCUGGCUUGGUCGCUGGCCACUCUGAAGAAAAGCCGGGCUACGACAAGAACGAGUUCGGCAAUAAGAGUGACCAUGUCUAUAAUAACUGGGACAAGGUUGAUGAACUGCUUAAUCUUCCGAACCAUGCAUUCCACUGCAAUGUGGACCAGUUGGUGCUAGGGGCCGGGGCCAAGCACUCCAGUGUUCUCAAAACUGCCCUUGUCUGUCCGCCAACCAAUUACGCGACGUCUACGCACUCCUCGCGGACGCCGCAAUCGCAGGCCGCAACGACCCAGGACUCUGGGGCGCAGAUGCCUACUACCUUACCGAGAAUGGCGAACGUCUGGGGAGAACUGUCCAAGUCAACGGCGGAAGCUGCUGCGAAGCUGGGUUGCAUUCCUGAAGCCCGGACUGAGCAGAUUGAUCUAGAUACUGCCAAAGCCUAUGCUGGAUUUGAGGGGCUGAGGUGGGGCACGAACUCUCGUGGACAUGACUUGCGUGCGCGUGAGGUCUUGGGGUGGAACCCUUCGAGACCUAGUCUCUUUGAAGAGAUUCCCGAAACUGUUCGGAGUGAGUGGGAGCGUUUGCAGAAAUAG